UUUUGCAGCAGCAUUGAAUUUGUUCGAGAUGGCAGAUCCGACGGCCCCGCAGCAGAGCGACCCCUCCGGCGCGGCACCAGACGAAAUAGACCCAGGUAAGGGAAAAAUUACACGAUCAGCUCCCCCCCCCCCGCGCCUCUUCACCCGAAGAACGAAACUCGGCAGGUCUCCAUCUCUUCCUAUCCUACCCUGACGAGUAGCCCCAUCCGCCCGGGGAACGUCCCUUACCCAUUGCCGUCGCCCUCCUCACGGUUUUGGUCGUGUGCAAUUUUCCCACACAGCCGCCGACCAUUCAGCAAUUGCUCGAGCACACCACCCAACGUUUGCACCAACUGUUGCGGCACAAUAUCGACCGUCUUCAACCACCUCAAUCGCCCAGCAUGGCGGAAAUACAACAGCAGCAGCAGCUCGUCUUUGUCGACGGCACCUUCGCCGAGUUGGCGCAGGACAUGGCCGACUACCUACACGUCGGCGACGAUGUCAAGCCCCUGCUCGAGAAAGAACAGAAGGACGAGGCUCUUAAGAAGAUCAUCGUCGCGUCCACUGCCCUCAACUCGGUACCGGAGAAGGAGUUUACCGCGGCCUACAACCUGCUCGUCUAUCUCGUCUUGCAGUCCGACAACGCCCAGAUGCUCCUCCCCCGCGUCUGCGAUAACCUCACUAGGCCUAUCACCUCCUCCCCCGUCAACGGCGCCGGACUCGCCCUCAACGCCCUCACCACCAUCUUCAACAUGCUCCCGUCCGAGAACGAAUUGCGAUACAACGUGUUCCACGCCAUACUAAAGUUCGUCAAGGCGCACGGCAUGUACGAGAGCCUCAAAAAAUACCUACCGCGGCUAGAGGACUGGUUCAAAGAGUGGGAGACUGAUAAAGAGGACCAGCGAAAGCUGUAUGAGGAAAUCGCCGAGGCCGCCAGCGAGAUCGGUGACGAAGAGUCCUCAUACGAGCAUGUCCUCAAGGCUCUACGUACCUUCGAUGACAACGAACUUAAGUCCGAGGCUGCUCAGAGACUCGCUCUCCGCGCCGUUAGAGCCGCGAUUCUGUCCCCAACCCACAACGACUUCCAAGAUCUCCUCGCCGUACCUGCCGUUCAAGCUCUCUCCGACACACAUCCCGUCUACUCCGAGUUGCUCACGAUAUUCGCCGAGAAGGACCUCGAGGACUACAACGACUUCAGAGAGGAACAUGAGGGCUUCGUCGAGAAGGAGAACCUCAAUGGCGACAAGCUGUACCGCAAGAUGAGGCUGUUGACCUUCGCAAGCCUCGCCGCGAGCACGUCGAGCCGCGAGAUACCGUACGAAAGCAUCGCCAAGGCGCUGCAGAUCCCGGUGGAGGAGGUCGAGAUGUGGACGAUCGACGUGAUCCGCGCCGGCCUCCUCGAGGGCAAGCUGUCGCAGCAGAAGAAGGUCUUCCUCGUGCAUCGGACGACAUACCGCGUGUUCGGCGAGAAGCAGUGGCGCGAGCUCGACGACCGCAUCGACGGCUGGAAGGCGGUGCUCACCAACGUCAUCGCCAACCUUCGCCGGGAGCAGGCCAACGCCGAGGCGCAGAAGAAGCGCGAAACUGAGGAUAUCGAGCGACGCCUCGCCAACACAAAUCUCGGCGGCGGUAACGCUUCUUCCGGUGUCGGUGGCGGACGACGUGGCGGCGGCGGCGGUGGCGGCGGCGAUCGUAACGACCGAGCACCUCGCAAGGAACGAACCGAAGACGACGAUUAGACGACAUCUAUCGCUAGCCCUCUCUCUUUAUCCUCUCCUCUCCACGCCCUUCUAGCGUAUACCCCCCUCCUCCCCUUCAUCGGCUGCAUUAUAGGGAUGGUGUGUCCAUACGGCGUAAUAUGGCAGGCAUUUUGCGUGGCGAAAAGAGAAGGGGACCGGAAAUAGGAAGGAUGAGAUGGAGGGGGGAGAGAAGGGGAGGAAAGGGGGGGAUUCAUUUGCUGCGAAUGAGGGUCCCCAAAGCUCGACUGCACGACGCGAUUUGGCCCGAGGCGGUACGACAGACACUAAUAACUAAUACGUUACUAAUGCUGUCGUUGUUCUCGCUCCCCUACACAAAUGAUCUUGGCCUCCCCCUACCACACCUGAGCUUUUUCUGCUUUUUUUUGUCUAAAAUCUUUUUUCAGCUUCGGGACAGGUCGCAAGGGCGGACGCGUAGGCGGGGAGGAUCCCGUAGAUCGGUGUUUGCGAACCGGUUCGCCGAGGCCGCGGCCGCGUGCGCUCUAUGGCGGGGGGGGGGGGGGAGGGCGACGGCGGCGGCUCCAUAUAGUAUAGAGGAUACAGAAAAGUUCUUAAGAUCUCGGGGUGGAUGAUAAGGGAAACGAACGAACAAUCAAACGUAGGCGAGGAUCUCCCCUUCUUCCUCCCCGCCGGACUCGACCUAAAUAAAUGCGUUAAAAGAUUACGAUGGCCUCCCC